CGUCUAAAAUAAUUGGUCGACAUAUUGCUCGCGUUUUUUUAAAAUGUCAUCGGGUAUCUGUAUAAAACAGCAGUAAUCCGCAUCAUGGCAGUCACUAGUAAGAUCUUUCUUAAACAACAUGUACAUGUUUAGAUAGAACUGUGCGAUUUGUACGUGCUUCAAAAUGCCUUUUACAACCGAAUUCCUACACACGACGGCCAAGAACAAUCGACAAAACACAUACACGUUCGAGACUCUGCAAGAAUCGGCGCAAUAUUUGCUGGAUCGCGUGAAGCUGAGACCAAAGAUUGCGAUAAUAUGCGGUUCCGGAAUGGGAACAAAUGAGCAAAACGAGUUGUGUCCAGGUUCGCUGACGGAGUCAAUCCAGAAUAAGCAGUGCUUCCCAUACGAAGACAUCCCACAUUUCCCUGUCUCCACUGUCAAGGGUCACCAGGGCCAAAUGGUUUUCGGUUAUCUGCAGGGUGUGCCGAUCAUGUGCAUGCAGGGGAGAUUUCAUUAUUACGAGGGCUAUCCACUUUGGAAGUGCUCUAUGCCGGUAAGAGUUAUGAAGCUCAUAGGCGUGACCCAUCUGAUCGCGACGAACGCGGCGGGAGGUCUAAAUCCCACAUACAAGGUUGGCGACAUUAUGAUGGUGAAGGAUCACGUGAACAUGAUGGGUUUUGCGGGGAAUAACCCUCUUCAAGGGCCAAACGACGACAGGUUUGGACCGAGGUUCCCACCGAUGAGCAAAGCGUACGACAAAGACAUAUUGCAAAUCGGUCAACAAGUAGCGGAGGAGAUGGGCAUAAGUAAUCUCGUGCACAAAGGGGUGUACACGUGUCUCGGAGGACCAAAUUUCGAGACCGUGGCGGAACUGAGGAUGCUGAAGAUGAUCGGAGUCGAUGCAGUAGGAAUGUCUACGGUUCACGAGGUCAUCAUUGCCAGGCAUUGCGAUUUAAGUGUUUUCGCUUUCAGUUUGAUCACGAAUCAGUGCGUGACAACUUACGAGGAUAACGAAGAAGCGAAUCACGAAGAAGUGAUAGACGUGGCGAAAAUGAUGCAACCGUUGCUUCAAGAUUUCAUGUCACGCAUUGUGAUAUCUCUGUCGAACAUGAUAUAGCUAGGUACGAAAUGGUGAUUUCUCCAGGUCAUUUCUAUCGUGCUCGUUAUUCGACCAAGAGUGACGACGAAAACGGCAUGCAGGGUUUACUCUCAGGGUUACACUCGCAGGAAUUUGCGAGGGUAAAGUCUGUCGAGUAGUUAGAAAUUAAUACGAAUCGUUACACAAGUACCGCGACAUGGUACGCGUUUAAUGCAAUGCUGAUUUAAUCCAACUUUGAUGCAUUUCCUCUGCGAAUCCGCGACUUUUAUACCCAUUAAACUACCGCUUGCGGCAGGGAAGAUCUUCCAGGUGAAAAGAGGGUUUAAAGGCUUGUAUCAAGCUGGCUGAUGUCAGCAGUUUGCGACGAUUUGAUAUACGAGCGUUAUAUCGGAGCCUUAGACAUAGGACAAACGAUCGACUAGCUCGGAAUACCGGUUUCUUCAUAGUCGGCAUCGUGUUUCGUCCUAACAUUGCGAAUUCUGUAAUAAGCGACGGAUAACCAGGAUCGAACUAAACGUAAUUAAAAAUGUAAUUAGAAAGUAUUUGUCAGAAAGUAUUUAACCGUGCGAUUUAUGUACGUGGAAGCAGCUUAUCAAAGCACCCAUUCAAAAGCUUGCAUUCAACUGCGUCCUCUGUAAUUAUACUUACGUCCCAGAAGCUGAAGAAUAAAACGUAUUAUCGAAUUACACGUAUUAUCGCAUAUAUAUGAACGUGUAUUCAGAAUCCGCUUGUAUUCGAGAACCGUAGAUCGUCACGAUGGCCGCGCGUUUCUGAUCUCAAUUGAUUCGUUACACGUCUUGAGAGACCUCCUUUCGCUUUAAAAAGAGGGAACGGUUUAAGGGUUGGGGAGGUUGGUGGAUGCCUCCUCCUCCUCUCCGCCCCGGCACCCUCGUCGAUUUUCCUCCCUCGCUUCGUUACCUUCAUCUCGUUUCCGCGCUCUUCCAUCGCUAAUGCAUCGGUGUUCGGCUUCGAUAAAUCUCGAGCGGCGAGGACCAUACUGCCGCGGCCCUUUUCCUCUCUCUCUUCGU